AUGGCUUAUGGGUCACGUAUCAUCAUCAAUCAUUCCAAAAAGUUGAAGGAUGUUUCUACUUUAUUGCGGCGUGAACAUUCUGCAACAGUCCGGUAUUUCUCGAACGCUAAUCGAGCUCCUCUGAGCAAAGAAGAAUGUUUUAAUGCGGGUCAUGGUUGUUCACCAGUGGAGAGGAUUUCGAAAUGUAGCACAAGCACUGUACCGGUUUCUAUUAGUUUUUCAACUAUGCGAACAAAUCUAAGCAGUGCAAUGGGAACACCAAGACUUGGAAAAGAUUUUUCAUGUUCGAUGCGAUCAGUUAGAGGAUUUUCAUCGGGUUCAGAUCUGCCUCCUCAUCAAGAGAUUGGGAUGCCUUCUCUCUCGCCAACAAUGACUGAGGGUAACAUUGCCAAGUGGCUGAAAAAAGAAGGUGAUAAAGUUGCUCCUGGUGAAGUACUCUGUGAAGUUGAAACUGACAAAGCAACCGUCGAAAUGGAAUGCAUGGAAGAGGGCUAUCUCGCCAAGAUUGUAAAGGCGGAGGGGACAAAAGAAAUUCAAGUCGGCGAGGUAAUCGCUAUUACAGUUGAAGAUGAAGAGGACAUUGGAAAGUUCAAAGAUUACACACCGUCAUCUACUGCUGAUGCCACUCCUCCUAAAGCAGAACCAGCUCCUGCCCCACCAAAGGAAGAGAAGGUCGAACAGCCAUCAUCGCCUCCUGAACCAAAGGCAUCCAAGCCUAGCGCACCUCCCACAGAAGAUCGUGUUUUUGCUAGUCCUCUUGCGAGAAAGUUGGCUGAAGACAAUAAUGUGCCUCUCUCAAGCAUCAAAGGAUCAGGUCCUGAUGGACGGAUAGUGAAGGCAGAUAUCGAUGAUUACUUAGCCUCAGGUGGUAAAGAAGCUACUGCGAAGCCAUCUAAGGCCACUGAUGGAAAGGUUCCAGCUUUGGACUAUGUUGACAUUCCUCAUUCUCAGAUACGAAAGGUCACAGCAUUACGUUUGGCAUUCUCAAAGCAAACUAUCCCUCACUAUUACUUAACCGUUGAUGCACGUGUUGACAAACUUAUGGGUCUGAGGAGUCAGCUCAAUACAUUCCAAGAGGCUUCUGGUGGGAAACGGAUAUCUAUCAAUGAUCUUGUUGUUAAGGCUGCUGCAUUAGCUCUCAGAAAAGUUCCUCAGUGCAAUAGUUCAUGGACUGAUGAUUACAUCCGGCAGUUUAAAAACGUGAACAUCAACGUCGCAGUGCAGACAGAAAACGGGCUCUAUGUUCCUGUUGUGAAGGACGCAGACAAGAAGGGUCUGACCACAAUUGGAGAAGAAGUUCGGUUAUUAGCUCAAAAAGCAAAAGAGAACAGCUUGAAGCCAGAAGAUUACGAGGGAGGAACAUUUACGGUGUCUAACUUGGGAGGACCUUUCGGAAUCAAGCAGUUCUCUGCAGUUGUUAAUCCGCCUCAAGCCGCAAUUCUAGCAGUUGGAACCGCUGAAAAGAGAGUUGUGCCUGGUAACGGUCCAGAUCAAUUCAACUUUGUUUCGUACAUGCCCGUAACACUAAGCUGCGACCAUCGUGUAGUAGACGGUGCCAUUGGAGCAGAAUGGUUGAAAACAUUCAAGGGAUACAUCGAGAACCCUGAAUCAAUGUUGCUCUAA